AUGGUGAGUCAUGCGCAUUCUGUCUCGUUUCCAGAUACAAAACCAGCGGAGGAGAAGCAACACGCUAUUUGUCGAAUAACAUCGGAUCUUGUAAAUGCAACAGCAAAUGCCACUUUGACUAGGAAAUUGGAAGGUGUUUGUACAUCAGAUGAGCUUCACAUAAAACUGAAUGCCCUCGAAGAAAACUUAACACGACUGAUAACAAAUCUCCAAACUGCUCUGUAUGGAGAUGGUGCUUCAUACGAGAAAAUGCAUAAAAAUCUCUAUCCAAAAAGAGAAUCUAGAGACUACGAGUACUACAUUUACAAUGCUCUAAAUCCCAUGUCACUAGAUCGCCGUGUUCAAGGAUCACAAACGAAUUUAUAUCGUGAAGGAAGUUCGUUAGGUGUCCGUAAUUUUGACAGUCAGGACAAGGACGUGAGAGAACUGGAAGCAUCAAAGUUUAAUUUGACAUUUCAAGACAGUAAUAUGGGAUUGUCGUUCGUCUACUUCUGGAGAAUAGAUGGAAUUAAUGAAACGCUCAAUAGCUAUGAAAACGUCAUCUUUAGUAGUUCAUUUCACCUUUACGGUCAUGAGUUGUUUAUAAAACUCUUUCCAAACCAUUUCGGGACAAAGUACAUUGCGUUCGAAUUGGUUCAAAGCAUUCCUCGGAAACACCGUUUCUCUAUAUUAAAUUUUAAGAAUUACCAAAAAGAUUUGUCAUCACAAAUCCUGUUGGACAGGCACAACUAUGCAACAACAUACAGAGUGUCUCACAAGAAAAUACUCAAUGGAGAUUAUAUAAAAAAUGGCAGCCUGUUUGUUAAGCUUACAAUUUUUAUAGAUUAUUAAUAAUAUAUAGAAUAAAUAAAGUAGGCUUUCACGGUCGGCGUCUUUAGUACUAUUAUUAUUAUUAUUCGGACUUUCUCGCUGUUGUCUACAGAAAUUAUUUCCUGACGUUUCGUCUACAACUGCGACAGGCAUU